CGGCACUGUUCGACCAGCGCCCGUACGUAUGGAAAAUGGCGGCCGCCUAGCUGACGACGCAUACAUCUCCCGGAAAUAGUUCUGUAAACCACGCGUGCAGGAAGAGAUUACGACAGAAAGAAAGAAAGGCUAACGGAGCCGUUCGCAUCACGGCAACGAUGGCAAUGUCGAAUCUUUACUCAAAGAUCUCUACUAAGCCAAUGAAGCGUGUACAAGACAACGUCGCGGUCAAACAGACCAAUACUUGGAUGAACGCGGAAUCUCCAAGUAAUACAUCAGAAUCACCACCAUCAGUGAGUCCACUCUCUUCAUCUAUCGUAUUACAACGCGAAGGAACCACAGUAAGUCAGCCAUUAAGUGCUCCCGCAUCACCCUUGUCUUCCUUAUCACCCGUGACCCAGUUAACCUCACCCGGAGAUUGUACUCAAGAUCCCAACUGGCAAGCGACAAAACCUACAGUUCGAGAACGAAACGCGGCCAUGUUUAAUAAUCAUCUCAUGGCCGAUAUUAUAUUUAUCGUUGGCAGUCCAGGUCACACACAAACAAUACCAGCGCAUAAAUAUGUUCUCGCUACCGGCAGUUCUGUAUUUUAUGCUAUGUUCUACGGAGGGUUACCAGAAAAUAAAAGAGAUAUAGAAGUACCCGACGUUGAACCAGCAGCAUUUCUGGCGUUGUUGAGGUAUAUGUAUUGUGAUGAAGUACAACUAGAAGCAGACACAGUUUUAGCGACGUUAUAUGUCGCAAAGAAAUACAUAGUUCCACACUUGGCACGAGCAUGUGUCAAUUAUCUAGAGACGAGUCUAACGGCAAAGAACGCAUGUUUACUCCUGAGUCAAUCUCGGCUAUUCGAAGAACCUAAUCUCAUGCAACGCUGCUGGGAGGUGAUUGAUGCACAAGCAGAAAUGGCACUAAGAUCUGACGGUUUUGUGGAUAUUGAUAUUCAUACGCUCGAAUCCGUCUUAUCUCGAGAGACGUUAAAUUGCAAAGAGAUUCACAUAUGGGACGCCGCAUUACGAUGGGCUUCCGCGGAAUGUGUACGACAAGAUCUUGAACCUAUUCCCGCCAAUCAAAGGCAGUUGUUAGGAUCCGCCUUGUAUUUAAUUAGACUUCCUGCUAUGAAUCUCGAAGAGUUCGCAAACAGUGCGGCACAGACGGAUAUCCUAACGCAUCAGGAAACAAUUGAUUUGUUCCUACACUUUACAGCCACUAACAAACCACAACUUUGUUUCCCUAUCAAGUCACGUCAAGGUCUGAAAACUCAAGUUUGCCAUAGAUUUCAAUCGUGUGCAUACAGGUCAAAUCAGUGGCGAUAUAGAGGUCGUUGCGAUUCAAUUCAAUUCAGUGUUGAUAAAAGGAUAUUUGUAGUGGGUUUUGGAUUGUAUGGAAGCUCGUCUGGUGCUGCGGACUAUAAUGUUAAAAUAGAACUUAAGAGACUCGGGAACGUUUUAGCAGAGAACAACACAAAAUUUUUCUCCGAUGGUUCGAGUAAUACGUUUCACGUAUACUUUGAGAAUCCAAUACAAAUCGAGCCAGAAUGUUCAUACACAGCGAGUGCAAUAUUGGAUGGUGGAGAAUUGAGCUUUUUCGGUCAGGAAGGCAUGUCGGAGGCAACAGUCGGCAGUGUAAAUUUUCAAUUUCAGUGCAGUUCCGAGAGCACUAACGGUACCGGUGUCCAAGGAGGACAGAUCCCAGAAUUAAUCUUUUACGGUCCACCAUCCGACGAUUGACGGAAAAUUGUAACAGAGUUCAUGAUUUAAUCAAGUUCAUCGUUUAGGAAAAGAAGUAUUUAGAUGAUUCAAAUACAUGGGACUGACAUGGGAACAAAAUCUGCUAAUGUUCUGAAAACAUGAGAAAAAGAAAAAUAUUUAAAUUUCAAACUAAAAUAGUUCUCAGAUACUCAAUAUUUGGAAAUGUAUUAAAAUACCAAAUAAAAUAAAAAUUACUUUUA